GUAGCCCUGGUAGUUGUAGCGCGCGCGCCCUGGCCGAGACCCGACCACAGGGUCUUGUCGUACGUCGCGCCGUGGAUGAGCACCUGAAGGGUGCCCCGUACUUGAGCCGUGGUUGGCUUGCAGUAGAUGCCGGUCACGGCGAAGGUGCCGCUGACUUGGCGGGUGCCGUUGGUCGCGACGCCGGUUGUCGAGGCCGCAUGCAGGAAGGCGAUGAUCUGGCUGGCGUUGUUGGCGACGGGCGGCACGGUGAACCGCAGCAACGCCCUGGGCCGCUCCUUCGCCAAAAUCGCCUACGUCGGUCACUCGCUCGGCUCAGUCCUCGGCGCGGCGAUCGUGCGCACGUACCCGUCCGACGCCGACGCGCUGGUCUUGACCGGCUAUAGCACGGCGUUCGCGACCACCGCCAUCGCGGCGCAGGCGUACGCGUCCGGCGCGCUGUUCUCGCCGUCACGCUUCGGCAGCGUCCUGCCACCAGGCCACGUGGUGACGACCAUCGAAGCAGAGCGGUCACGCAGCGGCAGCGCGUUCUACGGCAGCGCGUUCGACACCGACGUCGCGCGCGCCGACUUUGCGCGCCAGGACACGGCGGCCGUGGGCGAGUUUGCCGCGCUGCCGGACCUGCUGUUGGGAGGCGGCGGCGGUACCGCGGCGGUCGUGUAUACGGGUGCGGUGUUUGUGGCGACGACGGGCCAGCUGGACGCGGUAUUCUGUGUCCCUUCGGCCGGCAGGGCUUGUGCGGAUAUUUUGGAGGUGACGGUGAGAGUUUUCCCACAGCCAAGGCGUACAGGUCCUACGCCCCGGCGGAUACGGGCCACGUGCUCAGCUUGCACUACUCGGCGCCGGCCACGUUUCGCGCGGUGCACGAGUUUCUGGAAGGGGUUUUGUGAGGGGGGCUGGCGUGUGUUUGUUUGGGUGGGGAUUUGGCGCUCCUGGGUUGGGGCAUGGUGUGAUAUCACGUCUUACGCCCAUGUUAUUGCAUGCUGGUAUUAAUAGGGGGCUAAGCAGUAUUGCAAAUGGGGGUUACAUGUUGAAUCUCCUGGCCCCUUUCUUGAGCAAGCUGCUUACACUCAAGACCAAUAUAUUUGAACUGUACAUACUAACCUAGUCGCAGGAAAGCGGUACAAGCCACGUGCCACGUGCGAAAGCCGGAAAAUUACCUAACUAUUUACAUCGAGCAAACACAACAGAGGCUUGCUACCAGGCCGUCAAUCCUUG